ACUCCUGACCUUCAGUCCAGGGCUGAGUCAGCGGAGCCCCGAGUGGCUUCCCUGGCUGGCACCUGGACGUAGGCUAUUUCCGUUCACGUCCAAGCAGAAUACUGGAACCGAUUGGACAGAACUUCCAAACUUUUUACGUCCAGCAAGAUUCAACCCUGACGCCUUCAUCUCAGGACUGGGAACGGGAAAAGCCGACGCGUGCACCGCCCCCUCCCCCAAGCGUGCGAGUGGGUACCGUGGGCUAGCCCGCCCACCCGCUGGGGCAGCGAUGGAAACAAGUGACCACCCGCGCUAGUGGAUCUCGGGGACGGGGAGAACGCAGACCGCAUCAACGACUCUCCAUCGCCGCCUCUUUCUGAGACCAAGAGACAAUGGUGGGAGGCGAAAAGAAAACCACAUAAAAACACACAAGCAACUUGUCCUAGAACCUCAGCUAAGCCAAUGAAGCCUUCUUGCGUGUGCUGAGCCUGCAGUUCCCACUCUUCUAGGAAAGAUGGGAGGACCGGGCGACAAAGGGCACAGCAGGAAUGCCCCGCAGUGACUGCGACCGGAGCUCUGCUCGCUGCACCGCAGAGGCCUAAAACCUACUCUGCCGCAAGCACCCGCGGCGCCGGGAGCCGCGCACCCUCGCCAGCGACCACGUGAUCAGUUUUUUUUUUUAAAAAAGAGAAAAAAAAACUUCGCCUUAAGGAAAGAGAGAGAGAGAAAGAGAGAAGAGAGCGCGAGAGCGAGCGAGCGAGAGAGACUCCACUUCCCAGAAGCCUCUCGGUCCCCACGCAGCUGCAGCCUUGCGCAGGCGCCGCCAGGGCCAAACGGACACGUCCGUCACGUGGGCAGGAGCCGGCCAAUCCGGUUUGAAUCUCAUUUUUUUCCUCUCGCCCCCCCUUCAGGAGCGGUUGUGCGAUCAGAUCGAUCUAAGAUGGCGACUGUGGAACCGGAAACCACCCCUACUACUAAUCCCCCACCUGCGGAAGAGGAAAAAACAGAAUCUAAUCAGGAGGUUGCCAACCCAGAGCACUAUAUCAAACACCCUCUACAGAACAGGUGGGCACUCUGGUUUUUUAAAAAUGAUAAAAGCAAAACUUGGCAAGCAAACCUUCGAUUGAUCUCUAAGUUUGAUACUGUUGAAGACUUUUGGGCUUUAUACAACCAUAUCCAGUUGUCUAGUAAUUUAAUGCCUGGCUGUGACUACUCACUUUUUAAGGAUGGUAUUGAGCCUAUGUGGGAAGACGAGAAGAACAAACGGGGAGGACGAUGGCUGAUUACACUGAACAAACAGCAGAGACGAAGUGAUCUCGAUCGCUUUUGGCUAGAGACACUGCUGUGCCUUAUUGGAGAAUCUUUUGAUGACUACAGUGAUGAUGUAUGUGGAGCUGUUGUUAAUGUUAGAGCUAAAGGCGAUAAGAUAGCAAUAUGGACGACUGAAUGUGAAAACAGAGACGCAGUCACACACAUAGGGAGGGUAUACAAGGAAAGGUUAGGACUUCCUCCAAAGAUAGUGAUUGGUUAUCAGUCCCACGCAGACACAGCUACGAAGAGCGGCUCCACCACUAAAAAUAGGUUUGUUGUUUAAGAAGACACCUGAGUAUUCUCACAGGAGACUGCGUCACGCAAUCGAGACUGGGAGCUGAACCAAAGCCUCGUCCAAGCAGAGUGGACUGCACUGAAGUUUGAUUCCAUCUAAAUGUUGCUAAGAUAUAAGAGAAGUCUCAUUCGCCUUUGUCUUGUACCUCUGUGUUUAUUUCUUCCCCCCUACCCCCAAUUUUUGCUAGUGUGUCCACUAUCCCAAUCAAAGAUUUACAGUAUCCGUCACCCAGAACCGCAGAUGUGUUCCUGGCCCGCACUGUAACAGCUGGUUAGAAUUACUAUGAUACACACAUUUGCCUUUCCACAGUAUUUGAAAAAGAACUUGCAUUUCUGUUACCUUAGCAGGAAAAGACCUGAUUCUGUUCCACUCCGUGCAGGAGCGUGAUUUGCUGGUGAGAGUCUGAGUACAGUUUUCUAGCAACCUGGUUUCCUUUCCCAGCAUUCUUCUUGCUGUCCUCUUGCUGAUGGCUGCUAGAGUUUAAUUUAUUUGCUUCCCUCCUUGAUAACAUUAGUGAUUCUGAUUUCAGUUUUUCAUUUGUUUUGUUUUUGUUUUUUCCUCAUGUAACAUUGGUGAAGGAUCCAGGAAUAUGACAGAAAGGUGGAAUAAACAUUAAAUUUGUGCAUUCUUUGGUAAUUUUUUGUUUUUUUGUAACUACAAAGCUUUGCUACAAAUUUAUGCAUUUCAUUGAAAUCAGUGAUCUUAUGUCUGUGUGACCCCUAAACAUAAUUGUGGACUAUAAAAAUGUAACACCAUAAUUACAUUCCUACCUAGAAUUAGUAUGUCUGUUUUUGUGUCUUUACGCUGUACUUUAACACUUUGUAUUACUUAGGGUAUUUGCUUUGGUUACAAAUGGCUCACGUAGAAAAGCGGUCCCAUCCAUAUUAAGACAGUGUACAAAACUGUAAAUAAAAUGUGUACAGUGAAUUGUCUUUUA